CUUCCCUCCCCUCUCUUUCUCGCACUUUCUGCAUCUCUCUAUCUUUCUCCAAUCACCCUUUUCUAGUACUUUCCAAUCAAAUCAAUUGUAUUCGGUUAAUCAAGGAGCAACUUCUUUCUUCUACUGCACUGAAAUUUUACGUUCCUGUUGCCUGAAUAAGGUAGCAUAAAACUUUGGUUUUUACUUUUUAAAAUGGCGAUGGACGAUAACGAAAGUUGCGGAAGCCGAGCUAUGGAGCCGUCAUCGCCGAAACAGAGCCGGCUUCAGAGGCAGAAGCUUCAAGCGUUUAACGAAGUGUUGACUCGAUUACAGGAUUUGAAUCUCGAUGAAGUUAACCUCCCUGGCUUUGAAGACCAGCUUUGGCUUCACUUUAAUCGCCUUCCCGCUCGAUAUGCAUCGGAUGUGAAUGUGGAAAGAGCAGAAGAUGUGCUCACGCAUAAGAGAUUACUGCAACUAGCGGAGGAUCCUGCGAAUAGACCUGCUUUUGAUGUUCGCCUUGUGCAGGUGCAUCCUACUUACAAUGGAAUCUCAAUCAACUCUGUUGAUGUAGAUUCUACAGUUAAAGACGAAUGCGCAAGCAUCCAUCCUCCUCCAACAUUUGGUUCAUCACCAAGUCUACAGGCCUUUGAAAAUCAUGAUAAUAAUGCUCAUGUAAAUGAUGGAGAAAAUGAUGUCAAUUCAACUUCACGGACAACCAGGCCCAUGCACGAGAUUACCUUUUCAACAAUUGACAAGCCAAAGUUGCUCGCUCAGUUGACUUGUAUAGUUUCUGAGAUCGGUCUGAACAUUGAAGAAGCUCACGUUUUUUCCACGGCUGAUGGUUUCUCCUUGGAUGUCUUUGUGGUUGAUGGAUGGCCAUAUCAGGAAACAGGGUUGCUGAAGGGUGAGCUGCAAAAGGGAAUAAUGAGGAGCAAGGAGCAACCACAACAUUCUGUGGCUUCUUUGAACGAGCAAGGUCAAACAGUAUCUGAAUCAGUUUCUAACUGUGUGAAAAUACCUACUGAUGGAACUGAUGACUGGGAAAUUGAUAUCCGUUUGUUGAAGUUUGAAAACAGAGUUGCAUCUGGGUCAUUUGGAGUUCUGUAUAAAGGCACCUAUUGUAGCCAGGAAGUGGCUAUAAAAGUUCUGAAGCCAGAGCAGUUGAAUAUGGAUAUGUUAAAAGAGUUCUCACAAGAGGUCUUCAUUAUGAGGAAAAUUCGGCACAAAAAUGUCGUUCAAUUUAUAGGGGCAUGCACGCGAUCUCCAAACCUAUGCAUUGUAACUGAGUUCAUGUCCAGAGGAAGUAUUUACAAUUUUUUGCACAAGCAAAAAGGUGCCUUUAAGCUUCCUACUCUCCUCAAGGCUGCGGCUGAUGUUUCUAAGGGAAUGAAUUAUCUGCACCAGAAUAAGAUAAUUCACCGGGAUCUGAAGACUGCCAAUCUUCUAAUGGAUGAACAUGGAGUUGUUAAAGUUGGUGACUUUGGGGUUGCCAGAGUGCAGGCUCAAACAGGGGUGAUGACCGCAGAAACUGGAACAUAUAGAUGGAUGGCUCCUGAGGUAAUUGAACACAGACCAUAUGAUCACAAGGCCGAUGUUUUCAGCUUUGGUAUAGUGCUGUGGGAACUUCUGACUGGAGAAAUUCCAUAUGCAUGCUUAACACCCUUACAAGCAGCAAUAGGCGUUGUGCAACAGGGUCUACGGCCGACGAUUCCAGAGCAUGCUCAUCCAAAGCUUGUGGAACUCCUUCAGAAAUGCUGGCAGCAAGACCCAACUCAAAGACCUGAUUUCUCAGAGAUUUUGGAUAUUCUGCAGCAUCUAACCAAGGAGGCUGGAGAUGAUGGGAAGGAUAAACACAAGGACAAAUCAAUUGGUGUCUUUUAAAAGGGGCGGCCAUCACUGACAUAGUCAAAGUUAUGCUGGUGCUCGGGGUUCCGGAUCCAUUACAAUGUACAGAGUUUGAGAUGACCAAGGUUGAUCUAACUUAGUUUACCUUUGAAAACCCGGAGCUCAUCUAGAUUCUGCUUGCCAUGUUUUCUUUCCUUCCUUUUUUUUUUCCACCGUUCAUAAUUUGUUCAAGGUGCAAGAUGGUGAGGAAGAUUUUGGAAACUUUGUAAAGAAUGGCUGUGAUUGCACCCAAGUUCUAGUUGCUAACCGUUUUCUCUAAUUUGCUUAUUUAGAGUUA